AUGGAGUCGCAAACCACAGAAACUCCAAAUCGAGAAGUUGAGGGGAAGGCGAAGGCAGUGCAAAGGAAACAUAUCUUGGCUUCUGCUAAUAUGCCGGGACAAAACACUCUAGAUACAACUUGUACCAACAAAGACCAGUCUGACAAACGUGUGGAAAGAUUCUUCAAAUGGGCACUGAACGUUGCAGUCCUCGCCGCCGCAAUAGUGUUCGGCAUCUGGGCACCACUAUCGUACAAUAUCACUCUUGAUGGCAACAGCAGCAAUGAUGCAUCGUCCAGCUCAAUGCUCAGUGCAGUCCUGGCUGCCAGCUCUCAGGCAUCCAUAGCGGCCAGUACCCAGAGCGCAAUACUGGAGGAUAUGAGCGGCCGCAUGGGUGCAAUUGGGCAGCUCUGGCUUGUAGACUUUUGUGCUACACAGACUACUAUUAGCGCCUGCCAGCAAUUCAACAGCGAAAUUAACGUCCCAAGUCUCGUCAGUAAGCUCGCAUCAACAACUGCCACGCAGAGUUCCACUGCAUCCAGUAGUCCGUCAACUACAAAUACACCCAGUAAUGGACACACAGUGUCAACCCACAUUUCCGUGCCAGCAAUUCUAGGAAUUGUAUUUGUAGCGCUUGUUGCCGUUGGAUGGCUUAUUGGUGUAUAUGUUCUCUUGUCACGAAGGCGUCAGAUAAGGGGCGAAGUGGAAACAUGA